AUGCCAAUCACCAAAAAUCUCACACUGCCAAGUUCGGCGAAAGAGCUGGCACUGAGCCCAGACUCGAAAUUAUUCAUUGCCUUCAUAUCUUCACCAGAUCCAAUUACCAAUCAACCUUGGUGCCCAGACGUACGGGAUGCCUUGCCACAUAUCAACAAGGCAUUUUCCGGAGAUGAUGCACCAGAAUUAGCUAUUAUCGAGGUUGGACAAAAGCCUGAGUGGAGUAACCCUCGGAAUGUCUACCGGACAACGUGGGGCACUAACAACAUUCCCGCGCUGGUACGCUAUGAGCAAGUCAAUGGGAAAGUCACUGAGACGGGGAGAUUGGUGGAAGGAGAAAUCCUCAAUAAGGAAAGACUCCGGGACUUCAUCGUCUAA